AGUAUGGACGUGCGUUAUAAAUUUAGAUUUGCCGCUCGAAAAUAUCGCGACGUUGUGAAAUGUUAGUAAGGUGUGCCCAGUUUGGUGUGAGCGCGUGUUUAUCAAAUAGUUCUGUGUUGUACUCAAUUAUUUUAGUGAUGUGGUAGUUGAUACGAGAUGGGCAACUCUUGCAGUUCGGGUCAGGCUCAUAGGGAUAAAGACAAUAUUUCGCAGCAUUCCGAGGAACCAAACUGCUGCGCGCGCAGAUCGCCGUCAUACCGCACAACUAAGAUCGCACAGGAGCCCGAGCCGGCGGCGGAGCCUCCGCUGGAACUGCUAGAGCCUGCGCCCUCGCUGCGGGAGAAGAAGCCCUCUGUCAAAGUACCACGGCCUGUCGCUUCCAGUGUAUCAGUGAACGCCGGCACAGAUUCCAUUUCGCUGUCUUCCCCGGUGGCAUGCGCGUCACCCCGCGAGGAGGUGGUCGGCCCCCCGGUGCCGGCCAGUGUGGCCGCGCUGCCGGAGGAGCUACGCUGCUACUUGCUGGGAAAAGCACCACCGAUAAGGAACAGGCGACGACGUGCUAUGCUCAUAUAUGUUUGUGCUGCCGACUCACAAGAUUGCUGCGCGGAGAAAGGUAUACUGCAGUGCGCGGUGGCGGCGAAGCUUCGAGUGCGCGCGCGUCGGCGCGGCUGGCGGGUACACGUGUCCGACCUACAUUGGCGUUCCCCGCUAGAACAACAACGAGACCAUCGUUUCCCUGUACUGUGCAUCGUUGAACUUACUCGUCAGUCAGAACUAGGUGCAGUCGUACCGGUGCUGUUCCUAAACUCGGGGUUGGGCACUCCCCUGUUGCCGCACACGUUAGAGUGCGCUGACUUCAAAGCAGCACUCGAAGCUGCGGAGGAUGAAAACGAUCAGGCGCUUUUAAAUAAAUGUUAUAGUUAUGCUAUUUCUUGCAGAAUCUAUGCGACAAUCACAUGUCACUUGAGCGAGCGCAACGUGAUCCGCGCGAGUGUUCGAGGGCGUGGCGGGGCGGGGGCGGGGGCUGCGAGUGGGGCAGGGGCCGGGGCUGGGGCGGGGGCAUGUAUCGGGGCAGGGGACGAAGAGUGCUCGGAGCAGGUGCGCGCUGCGCUGGCGGACAGGCUGGGGGCGCUGCUGGACACGUUAGUGGCGGACAACGAGCAGCCUGCUGGCAGCUGCGGCGUGCCUACUAGUCUAUUUGAUGAGAUUAGCGAGCACCUGUCAUUCUGUCAGAAAGCGGCGCAGUGCACCUCCAACAGAGAGAUCACACUUAACGACCUCAAGACCUACGUGACUGGCGAGAGUUCCGUCCCGCUCGCACUGCUGGGCGGCGCGGGCUGCGGGAAGGCGACACUGCUAGCUCGUGCCGCCUCGCUCGCACACACCUGGCUGCCAGACCUCGCGCUCAUAGUGCGGUUUGUUGGUCUGACGUCACAGUCCAGCAGUUCCCACCAGCUACUGAAGUCCAUCGUGGACCAGUGCCACGUGCUGCACACCGGCACCGUCUAUAGAGGGAGAAAUGUAUACAGUAAAUAA